CACUACAAAUCUAUUACAUUUAUUGAGCCAUGCUGGAAACCCUCAACGAUUUCACAAGAUCCCUGGGAUCAAUGUGGGGUAUUGUCUCCAUCCUGGUGGUAUGUGCCCCUGCAGCUCUAGCUGUCCACGAGUUCACCGCCUACAGAAUGAACCAGUACACUCUCAGUGGAAGUGACUAUGGUUGCAAGUCAAACAUGGUUAACUUUGAGGCUCGUGCUGUCAACGCUAACAUAGUUACCCGGCGUUGUGUUCUCAUGUCGAUGGGUGAAAUAUCGGUGGACAGAAUGAAAGAGCUGAUUGAAAACAAGGCUGGUUCCAUCCUCAUUGCCAUCCCUGAAGAUACCUCGUCCCUUACCAAAGAUGAGAUCGACAAUUGGAAUGAGGUUGAAGAGGUACUGAUGGAGCAAGCAAUUGACACAAGUGUUUACUUCACCUAUCAGAAACCAGAACUCAUGAGUAUAUACCAUGAGGUACGGACUGGUCUGAAUAGUGACCAUGCAGCCACGGCCGCUGCAGCACUUGGUAACGUGUUCCAUUCUAACGGCUACCAGAUAGUCACGUACGGAACUACUCCUGCUCCUGUCAAAUCUUCCCUUUAUACUAUACAGGGUAAGAUGCUGAGCCAAGGAAGAGAAACCAACCCCAGUAUUGCGAUAGUAGCCCACUUUGACAGCUACGGUAUAGCUCCUCACCUAGCUAAGUCAGCUAAUGGUAAUGGUAGUGGGGUAGCAGCUCUACUAGAAAUAUCCAGACUUCUUUCUAAGUUAUAUAGUAAAUCAGGCAACACCCCAAAAUACGACGUGCUAUUCCUGCUAUCAAGUGGAGGGAAACUAAACUAUCUGGCCUCUAAAACCUGGCUUGAGAAGAAGCUCUCAUCUGACUCCCUAGAAACAGUUCUGUUGAAUGAGGUGGAGUUUGUGCUGUGUCUGGAUGGUAUUGGUAAUGACGGAUUUAACGUCCACGUUUCAAAGCAGCCAAAAGAAGGAACAGCAGCUUAUAAGAUGCUGAUGGCUAUUGAAGAAGCUGUUGCUCUCAUCAACCCCAACAUAUCAGUAAACACCGUUCCAAAGAAGGUGAACCUGGGUAACCCCCUGUUUGCUUGGCACCACGAGAUCUUCACAGUAAAGCGUCUCUCAGCAGCAACUAUCUCCAACUACCUCUCUUAUAACUCUCUCGGCAGACUCAACACUUUCGACAACAAGGUUGAUGUAGAUAAGCUUUACACUCACACCCAUCUUAUUGCGGAGGGCAUUGCCCGUUACAUCUCGGACCUUUCUGACAAAUCUGUCACUAUCCUCGAUGAUUAUUUGGUACCCAACAAGCAACUGCUGGCCCGCACCGUAGAGUUCCUCGCCAAGACCCAGAGAUCAGCCACUUUGUUGCAACGAGACAGUCCCGUCAUGCUCAACCUUGAACAGACGCUGUCCAAAUACGCUUCCGAGGUGAUUGUAUCUGAACUGAAAGCAUCCAAGAGGGAUCCUGAGUUCCAGUUUUACGAUCAGACUGAAACGAAACUCUUCGCGUACAAUGUAAAACCAGCAGUGUUCGAUCUGUUCCUUGCUAUCGCCGUUAUUGCCUACCUUGGUACAAUCUACCUUUGCGUCGGGAGUAUCCCACACGGCAUGACAUACCUGUAUCAGAUGAAGAAACUGAAAUCUUCAUGAAAACCCCACAAAUACGUGUCAUCUAUCCCUUGCUUCUGUAUCUGUAUUCUCUUUAUAUAUGGAACUUUAACUUAUCAGAAUUCAAGAUCAUGUAACCGUUUACUAUGCUUUUUGUUUUUGCUGAAUAGUAAGGUCCUUUGAAUAAUUCAUUUAUUUACUCGUUUAAUUGGACGUUUAAUGUAUUGUAUACACUAUACAUGCUCUCCCCAAUUUGCUGAAACAUAUAUAUUAUAGUUUUUGUGGAGUUUUGUUUGUAUUAUAUUUGAUAAACUUAUACUAUUUUCUUCAAA